UUUUUGUUAUGGAGUAAAAAAGCGAUUAUAAGCAAAUUUUCUGGAUCGGGCUAAUGCCCAUCCAUGAUAGGGCCGUGAAGCCCAAAACAUGGUUUUCAAAUUUAAAUCAGCGAAAAAAACAGCGAUCAAAGCGUCUCUCUCGGCUAUUUUCCCUCCAUGAACCUCGCUCGAGCAAGACAUUGUUUUCCACCAAAUUCUCCUAUGUAUUCCUAUCCCCAUUUUCAAUUUCUAGGGUUUCUCUUCUUCAAAUUCGAUCUGCAGACCCUCAAAUCCUUACAACGCUGCGGUUUCGAUCGAUCAAUCCUUCUUGUUGCUGCGUCAUCACGAGAAAAUAAUGACGAAGAAAGACAAAGAAGAGGAGAGAAUUGAGAAGAUAAUUCGCGGUCUUCUUAAACUCCCUGAAAAUCGUCGUUGCAUUAAUUGCAAUAGCUUGGGACCACAAUAUGUUUGCACAACCUUCUUCACAUUUGUUUGCACAAGCUGCAGUGGAAUUCAUCGGGAAUUUACGCAUAGAGUCAAAUCGGUUUCGAUGGCAAAAUUUAACGCGGAAGAAGUUAGUGCUCUCCAAGCAGGAGGGAAUGAGAGAGCGAGACAGAUUUAUUUGAAGCAUUGGGAUCCGCAGCGUAAUCAGCUUCCUGAUGGCAGUAAUCUACAAAAGCUUCGAGAUUUUAUCAAGCAUGUUUACAUGGAUAGAAGAUACAAUGGAGAGAAAAGUGAAGAGAAACUGUCAAGGCUGAGAUUGACUGACAAGGAGGAGUCUAGUGAGAACAGGAGGGCUGUUUUAUAUUCUGGUGGAUCUAGAACUCUGAACUAUGAAGAUAGACAAGGGCGGAGUGAAAGAUGUGGUUUUAGUGGAAGAACUGAUGACAAGACUUUCAGAUAUUAUGAUGAUGAAAGAAGAAGUCCUCGUUAUUCCCAAGAAAAUACAAGAUAUGGAGGUUUUAAGAAAAGUGCUGCUCACUUUGAGAUUGUUGAUGACAGGUUUCGAGAUGACAAAAUACGAAGUAUCAGGCAGACUGAUGUCCACCUGUUUUCACCGACAGAGUCCAGGUUUGGGAACAGGUCAUCUGACAUUCAAAAGAAUAAUGCCCCUGUGGUACGCCCUCUUAAAGAUAUUCUGGGGAAGAAUCUUCCGCCUCUACAGGUUGUUGAGCAUUCUAAAGCACCCAACGGGAAGGAUGCAUCUGUUCACAGUCAGACGCCCGCUUCUUCCUGCCCUAUGGCAUCUGCUGAUGGGAAUCCUGUGCAACAGAAAAGUAAUAAUUCAGAAAGCUCAGUUGAUUUAAAUGCUGAUUCCAAGUCCUCAAAUGCCGCGGCAGCACCAGUGGCGCUGGAGAAUCUUCCAUCCAGUGAAGAAGGCAAAUGCUCAUAUGAAUCCUCUGGAAAGGAGAACAUACCUCCAGUCCCAAAACCAAAUAUGUUGGAAUUUUUACUGAUGGAGUUGUCAAUUCCCUCAGUUACUCCUUUUGAUAAUACAUCUGAAAUACCAACUAGUGAUAACCCUUCAUCAGCUACAUCUGAAGAAAAUAUACUCAUGAGUAGUGGUGCUUCAGUAGCUGGGCCCUCAGGGCAUAUGUUUGCAUUACCAAGCAGUGGUGUUGAUUCUGCAACUGAUGCUUCUAUAACUGCAUCUGGAGACAAAAUGCCUGCUGGCAGUGUUUCACUACCUGUGGAGCAGAUGUUAACACUGCCCUGUAGCGCUGGUGCUUCUACAGCCGUGUCUGGAGGCACUGUGACUGUGGGAAGUGUUUCACUAGCUGCACCUGUGGUGCAGACAGCAACUGCAUCUGGGAUCAGCCUGCCUGAAGGUGACCCUGUACCAGCCGCGCCCUUGGAGGAGACAUUGACACUAAUCGAUGCUUUUGAUGCAUACAUAACCCCUUUAAAUACUUCUUUGCCAGUGCAACCUUCUAGUGCAGUUCCUCCACAAGCUGCGCUUGGUAACAAUGGUGACUCAACUUUCAAGGUUUCUGAUGGGCAACAGAUAUCCACCAUGCAACAACAGUCUUCUGCACUGCCUGCCAAUAAAAGCUCUACUGGACAACAGACUACUAAUACACCAGCUGGAGGGGUAAAUGACCAGAUCUGGACUUCAUCAAAUGUUCCUAAUGCUCAGGGACCUCCAGAUUUCCUCGGGGAAUACCCUUCUCAAGAUGUCUCGACACCAGCCCAAGAAUCCAAUUCUGAUGCCAAAUCCAAGCCUCUUGCAUCAGAAACAAAAUUUGGUGGAAGAAAGGAACUUCCAGUGGACCUUUUUACUACAACCACAUCCACUCCAGGCCCAAUUCCAGGCUGGCAAAUUUCUCCACCUUAUGGCAUGGGAUUUAACAUGCAAUAUUAUCCUAAUGCAACGCCUGUGCCAGCAUAUCCAAACCCAACAAAAUCUAUGAACCUGUUCAAUCUUAAUGGACAAUCCACUUCGGUACAAGCCCCACCUUUUCCUUCCAUGGGAAAUAUGCACAGUGGUCUCCCAAUGCAUACUUCCGCAUUUCCUCCACAGUCCCCACCCUUUGCGUCAGCCAUGCAUUGUGGUGGAUACAUGGGACAACAAGCAUACAUGAAUUUGCCUAAUUCCAGACCAAAAGGACCAGGCGACCUUGGCAGUGAGAGAUUUCCUUUUGGGUCCUUGGAUAUGGCUCAACAACCAACCAACGAAUACUUGCUCCCAACCUCCUCAAGUUCUCUUCCUUCAAGGGGAGGCAAUCCAUUUGGAUAGAUAAGAUUUGAAAUUCAAUUACAGUCCCAAAAUUUUCAGGACAAAAAUCUACCUUCCUUGCUGUCAAACAGGAACAAGCUGGCUGAAUGAGGUCUUGUCUUCUGUACCAAUGGCCAAGAGGAUGAUCAUAAACGGCUUCAAAAGAGCACAGAUCUGACCAUUUUGGAUGAAGUUAUAUUGCCCGAAUUAUGGUACUUAUCCGUAGUCAUCAUAUAAUGACCUAUUAUUUUGUUUCUUUUUUGCUCAUCUGGUGAAUUCUGCCAUCUCUCAUAGUUUGAUGGUAUGGUUAAUGCACUCCACUGGAGCGAGUUCCUUUCAGAUGUUUUCGUUAAUUAUGAAAUAUAAUGAAGAUAAAACAUGAAAUCGUAAUCUAAUAAGAGAAUGUCGUUUCAGUGAUCUAUAACACAUGGAGUUAGAAGCCUCUUUCAGCUUGUGCUUGUCCUCUGGAUCCUGUCGUAGACAAAUGUUGAGCAGCCACCAAUCACAUUUUAGCUAUAAUGGCAAAGGAUCUAACAAAUGUGAACAAGAAUGUCUCAGCGAAUCAUUUGUCUAUGUUCUAACAAAUAUCUGAUGCAGAACGUCUUGUAUUAUUUGAAGUUAGAAACUAUAAAUUACA